AUGAACCUCCUCCCGCUCUUAGUGGCCUUUUCCAUUUUACUGGAUUGUACCUAUACUCAAAAUUGCACCAAGACACCUUGUCUUCCAAAUGCCAAAUGUGAAAUACAAAAUGGAGUUGAAGCCUGCUAUUGCAAUUUGGGAUUUUCAGGAAAUGGUGUCACGAUUUGUAAAGAUGAUAAUGAGUGUGAAAAUUCAACCCAGCCCUGUGGUGAAAAUGCCAACUGCACCAACACAGAGGGGAGUUACUACUGUAUGUGUGCACCUGGCUAUCGAUCCAGCAAUAACCAGGACAAGUUUAUAACAAAUGAUGGAACAAACUGCAUUGAAAAUGUGGAUGCAAACUGCCAUUUAGAUAAUGCCUGUCUUGCUGCAAAUAUUAAUAAAAUUUUAACAAAAAUUAGAACUAUAGAAGAACCUGUGGCUUUGUUACAGGAAGUCUCUAGAAAUUCUGUGAGAAAUCUUUCACCAGUGGACAUAAUAACAUAUAUAGAAGUAUUACAAGAAUCAUCUCCAUUACUCAGUUCCAUAAAUACUUCUAACUCAGCUAAGGAUAUUCUAUCUAAUACAACACUUACUGAAUUUGUGAAAACAGUGAAUAAUUUUGUUCAAAAAGAUACAUUUACUGCUUGGGAUAAGUUAUCUACAAAUAUUAGAAAAACUCAUCUUACAAAACUGAUGCACACUGCUGAACAAGUAACGUUAAGCAUAGCUCAGAACUUCCAGAAAACUACUCAUAUAGAUACCAACUCAAGUGAUGUAGCUCUCAAAGUUUUCUCUUUUGAUUCAUAUCAAAUGGAACGUAUUCAUCCUCAAAUGAAUGUUGAUGGAGAUUAUAUAAAGAUACUCCCAAAGAGAAAAACUGCUUAUGGUUCAGGUGGAAAUGUUGCAGUUGCUUUUCUACAUUAUAAAAGUAUUGGUCCUUUGCUUUCUUCAUAUGAAAACAUACUGGACCCUCAGAAUUCAGAUCAUUCUGAAGAGGAAGAUAGAGUCAUCUCUUCAGUCAUUUCGGUGUCAAUUAGUUCAGAUCCACCCACAUUUUAUGAACUUGAAAAUAUUGCCUUUACAUUAAGUCAUGUUAAGGUAAGAUGCAAAUAUAGGAGUCAAUGUGCAUUCUGGGACUACUCAUCUAACACAAUGAAUGGAAGCUGGUCUUCAGAGGGCUGUGAACUCACAUUCUCCAACAAGACCCACACCUCCUGUCAGUGCAAUCAUCUCACACACUUUGCAAUUUUGAUGUCUUCUGGUCCUUCCAUUGGUAUUAAAGAUUAUAAUAUUCUUACAAGGAUCACUCAACUAGGAAUAAUUAUUUCAUUGAUUUGCCUUGCCAUAUGCAUUUUUACCUUUUGGUUCUUCAGUGAAAUUCAAAGCACCAGGACAACAAUUCAUAAAAAUUUAUGUUGUAGCCUAUUCCUUGCCGAACUUGUCUUUCUUGUUGGAAUCAAUACAAAUACUAAUAAGCUCUUCUGUUCAAUCAUAGCUGGGCUGCUACAUUACUUCUUUCUAGCUGCCUUUGCAUGGAUGUGCAUUGAAGGAAUACACCUCUACCUCAUUGUUGUGGGAGUUAUCUACAACAAGGGGUUUCUACACAAGAAUUUUUAUAUCUUUGGCUACCUGAGCCCAGCUGUAGUAGUUGGAUUUUCAGCAGCAUUGGGAUACAGAUAUUAUGGCACCACCAAAGUGUGUUGGCUUAGCACAGAAAACAACUUUAUUUGGAGUUUUAUAGGACCAGCAUGCCUUAUCAUUCUUGUUAACCUUUUGGCUUUUGGAGUUAUCAUAUACAAAGUUUUUCGUCACACUGCAGGGUUGAAACCAGAUGUUAGCUGCUAUGAGAACAUAAGGUCUUGUGCAAGAGGAGCCUUGGCUCUCCUCUUCCUUCUUGGCACCACCUGGAUCUUUGGGGUUCUCCAUGUUGUGCAUGCAUCCGUGGUGACAGCCUACCUCUUCACGGUCAGCAAUGCCUUCCAAGGAAUGUUCAUUUUCUUAUUCCUGUGUGUACUAUCCAGAAAGAUCCAAGAAGAAUAUUAUAGAUUGUUCAAAAACGUUCCUUGUUGUUUUGGAUGCUUAAGAUAA